AUCAUAAGCUCCAACGGUCCAUUUUCCACUUGUGAAAAUAUAAUCCAAAAAUAAGUUCAUAUAAAAUAAACCCAUUUAUCAAUAUUUUUCACAAUUACAUUUCAUAAACUCUUAUCUCUCUCUCUCUCUGAAAAUGGAUUCUGAUAACAGUAAAGUUCAACAUGUGACCAAGAAGUCAUCCGAUGAGCUUCUCAGAAAGUUUGCCGAUGAUGAUGAAGCUCCGGCGAAGAGCAAGGAGCUUGUUCGGGCAAAACGACGCCGCAAGAGCCGAGAAGGUAAAGAGAACGGUGACUGUGAGAGUCCAUCAUCAAAUGGGCAAGGCUCCAAAUUGGGGGAGAGAAGGUCUCUCCUUCCGGCUCCGGCGCCGGCAAGGAAGUCGGCGGUAUUGAGACAGCUCGGGAUUCAUGGCAGGGUACGACUCAGGGGAAGGGACAUUAGGCACAAGUCCCUGUUUGGACCCAUUGAGAAGACAUGGAGAAAGACCAUAGAAGCAGCGUCAAAGGUCUUUAUGGAGAAGCAUUACAAUCGUCACAAGCGUCUCAUAAACGACAUCGUUUAGAUCAAUUAUUCAUAUUAUAUGAAGAAUUCGACCCUCUAGUCCUUAGAGAGGAGGAAAAACCAAGUUCUUUUUAGUCAUUCUUUAUUAUUUUGUAAUUUUUCUACCAAUAAAAAAAUCAAGUUCCACAUAGUACAA